AUGCCGGGUGCGAAACGCGCGGGUAAAAGAACGCGCUUCCGUCUUCUGUGCCUCUUCGGUUUCUUCAUUCUCGUCGGGUUUCUUAUUACUCCACGUAAAUCGACGUCCUCUUCUCUGCAGCAUUCAGCAACCACGGGGGCACAUGAUGUUCGCUUUGGAAAUCAAGAUGAGAGAAGCUAUAUGAAGAAUGGCAUCGAAAGAGAAAGAAUAUCAAACUCCUUCUCACGCUCCUCCGUGUCUCGAUUGUCAUCCGAUGACAUUGCAAAUGGUGAUGAUGAAAGCAGUAGUUUAAUUAGUAGCAGCAGCAGUAGCAGUAGCAGUAGCAGCAGCAGUAGCAGUAGGAGUAGUUCAAAUGGCGGUUCCGGUUCCGGAGGACCAAAGAGAACGCGAUUGUUUCGAAACAUGUUCAAAGAUGGCUUCAACGGAGACUUUAUCAUGACGCAGCAAAAAUAUUCGAAACUUGCACGGAAUUCGCCUAUUCGAGUCGCUAAGUACAUGUCACAAUGUCUUUCAGAUAGCCCUCCUCGGGGAUGUGACUUAGAAGCGGCGAAAGCAGAUCCUCCUCGCGGACGAGGCUGGCAACGAGUCGCUCGGAUCACGAAAGAGCUUCUUCACGAGUUUCCAGUCGUCGAUACGCGCUUCAAAGGAUUUCAAAAGUACAAAUCGUGCGCGAUCGUAGGUAACGGCGGGUCCUUGAAGUUAAAGAAGUAUGGUAAGUACAUAGAUGAAGCAGAUGCAGUGAUUCGCUUCAACGGAGGACCUACGACGAAUGGAUUGUCUGACUACGUCGGGAGCAAAACAACUAUCAGGUUCUUGAACACGCAACACCUCGGGUUUCACGAAAGCAAAAAAGAGAUACUUCUACAGCACGUCACGGUAGAGGAAACCAUGCAGAAGUUCAUAAACUUUAAGAAGCGCUUCAAUGGUGAUAUCUAUGUCAUCGAUGGAGACUUUCAUCAGCUUGUUUUGGACACCAUGGAAGAUGGCGCCGCUUCGAACGGUUUCUACGGUUUGCUUUUUGGUUUAGAACGAUGCGAAAAAGUUACUCUUUGGGGAUUCGCCAAAGGAUGGAACAAGCCCACAUCAGAUAGAGCAAAACUUAAGUAUCACUAUUACGAUGAUGUAGAACCAAACGAGAGUCAGCUGAAACGCGACGAUUUGGAAGCUCCGAAAGUUGCAAAAUUUGUAGCGAAACACUCUGACAUAUUCGAAUAUGGAGAGAUGAGCCACUGA